UUUCUGGUGACGUUGCACCCUGCAGACUCUGUGAUGAAAUCCAAAAUGCGUAAAAAGGAAAUGCCACUUUGACAACUAAUCAACACGUGCUGAGGAGGGAAGCGCAUUAAGUGCUGAGGCAGCUCACACCUCAGUCCCCUCUCUCCCCGCAGCCUCGCUCAUGAGCGUUUAGUUCGAGGACUCUCCCACGGUUUCUGACGCCAACAAGUUUGUACGCUCUGAGCCAAUAGUCGUCAUAUUGGAUAGAUUUGUGCCACAGAGCGCCGGCGUCUCCAGCGCGGACCUCCAGCUCAGACUGGCGGACAACAAGAGCAGCCUGGCCGCAGCAGCAGCAGCAGCAGCAGGGAUGGGGAUGGAGAACGGCACCGGGAAAAAACUCAUCGAGAUAACUGGACCGGCUUUGUCCAAAAGAAAACUUCUGGUCGGCUUAGACCUCCUGUGCCUCUUCCUUGCCACCAUCCCUUUCUUCGCAUGUGAGCUGAAGGCAGUGAGUCCUUACAGAAGGGGCUUUAUGUGUGGGGACCCCAGCAUCACCUAUCCUCAUCUGCACCGAGAGGCCAUACCAGAUGAAUUACUCAUCACCGGUGGCAUCGUCAUCACCGGCCUUACAAUCGUCCUCGGGGAGUGUUACAGGGUACGCUUCCGAGGCGUCAGCUCCAAGUCCUUUGUCAGGAACCUGUACGUGUCCUGUCUGUACAAGGAGCUGGGCUGCUUCCUGUUUGGCUGCUGCAUCGGCCAAUCACUGACCAACAUGGCCAAGCUGAGUGUGGGCCGGCUACGACCACACUUCCUCUCUGUGUGUGGGGUCACUUAUGCAUCACUCAACUGCACGCCAGGAAGUUAUAUUGCAACAGUGACCUGCCGACAGCCAGAGGAAGAGGAAGAGGCGAGGAAGUCCUUCUUCUCUGGCCAUGCUUCCUUUGCCAUGUACACGAUGCUCUAUUUAGCAUUUUACCUGCAGGCAAGGCUGACGUGGCGUGGGGCUCGGCUGCUCAGGCCGGCGCUGCAGUUCUUCCUGGUUUUGCUGGCGGUCUACACAGGCUUGACCCGCAUCUCAGACUACCAGCACCACCCGUCCGACGUGCUGACAGGCUACAUACAGGGAGCCCUCACUGCUUACUGGGUGGCCUUCCACAUCUCCUCCAUGUUUAAAAGCUCCAGUUCAGCCCUCUCUCCAACUGAGACCCUGGACACCCCCCUGUCACCCCACCACACCGUCUGCUAAACCUGGCCCCCACCACCCCCCGACUGCCGGUACCAACAUCCACCUGCUGCCUACAGUCUGCCUCGGAUAAACAAGAGAUGUGAAGAAUGUGAGACCAUUUCCUGUGAAGUCCAACCACAUACCUCAGUGCUCAGACAGAGAGAGAAACAGUGAAAGGACAUAUGAGCUGUGAGAAAGGAAGAGGGAACGAGCUGAAAACUCCAGCGCCUGCUCCGCCAGAGUGUUGCAUAAUCAGCAUGAGCACUUGACCUUUUGUCCUUGUGAAUGACCUUAACAUGUGAUACUUACCUGUGAGAUGAGACUGAACACACACAGCGACCACUACCACUCGAAACGUCACCUGUAAAUAUAUACAGAUUUUGUACAAAUCGAAUGAUACUGUAAAAGCACUUUUAUCCAUGUUAGUAUUACUAAUUACCACUUUAAAAUGAUUUGCUAUGUAGAAUGUAUUUUAUACAAAUGUGUAUCUGAUUUCUUUUAUUUUCUACAUAAUGCCAUUGAAUAUGGUUGGGUUGUUGAAGGAAGCACAAACAGCAAGAAAGCAAUUUGCUUCCCUCGUGUAUUGUACCACUUCGAUGUCAUAUUAUGUAGUUUACUGAUAAAAGAAUAACUAUGAGAAUGUGAUAGAUAUUGAAUAUAGAAGAAGAAUGCAUUUGCGACUAGUUUUUGGUUGGAUUUAUAUUAAUAUGUACAGCAUUUUUCUUGGCUACUCACUAUUUCAAGAGCACACUGAUCAAUAAAGAAAAAGGCAAU